CCUGAGCCAAUCAGCCACCGUGUUGUUGUUUCUCAGCUACUAUUGGGUUUGUUUGGGUUUAAAGAGCUGUUUGGUGAUCGCGAAAGAGACGAAAGCCAAAGAUGAGCAUCGUUCACAAAUAAGUAAGAUUAUCGUCACAAAUAAGGUGGUGUGUUUAUCUCCAACGGGGUGGGUGUGAGUACCAGCUGGCCCCGAGGGUAGGUCAGAGGUCAUGGAGGUUCGUGUUGGAAGCUUGGUGUUCAGCUCCAGGUUUGACUCUGGAAACCUGGGCCGUGUGGAGAAGGUCGACUCCUCCCCCUCCGACACCGCCUGUUCCACUUCCACAACCCUUAGCAACGCCCCCGACUACGAGUUUAAUGUCUGGACGCUUCCUGACUGUGCCGGGACAGAACACGAGAAUGGAAACAGGUCCUGGUUUUACUUCAGUGUGCGUGGUGCUGUGCCGGGGCGACUGCUGAAGGUCAAUGUAAUGAAUAUGAACAAGCAGAGUAAACUGUACAACCAGGGAAUGGCUCCUCUAGUCAAGACUGUACCUGGUAGGACACGCUGGGAGAGAGUACGGGACAGACCCACAUACGAGAUGGUGGAUAAUCAGUUCCUCCUGUCGUUUACUCAUCGUCUGUUGGAGGUGAAAGGAGCCACUACGUUCUUCUCCUUCAGUUUCCCCUUCUCCUACAGCGAGAGUCAAGACCUGCUGACACACCUGGCCCAGAGAUACCCUGACACAGCCACGCUCACACCCAGUUGUGGUGACAGUGUAUACUUCCACAGGGAGGUAUUGUGUCAUUCUCUGGAUGGUAACAGAGUGGAUCUGCUGACGGUCACCAGCUGUCUCGGCAUGCAGGAAGAGAGAGAACACCGCCUGGACAAACUGUUUCCUGAUGCAGAGACCCCACGACCUCAUCGCUUCACUGGCAAACAGGUGUUUUUCCUCAGUAGUCGUGUCCACCCGGGGGAGACGCCGUCGUCGUUUGUCUUUAAAGGCUUUUUAAACUUCAUCCUGCGUCAUGACGACCCCAGAGCUCACACCCUCCGCAACAUGUUUGUCUUCAAACUCAUCCCCAUGCUGAACCCGGACGGGGUGGUACGCGGACACUACAGGACUGACUCUAGAGGGGUGAAUCUGAACAGACAGUAUAUGAACCCUAGUCCUGAUCUCCACCCCUCCAUCUACGCUGCUAAAACACUGCUUCUCUACCACCACACACACAACCGUACCACACACACACACUCCAACACGCACAUCAACACACACACCUACAACCCACCUCAAGCACCUCCCCUCAGCACCAAACCCACCAAUCAGAGCCCUGCCCCACCCCUCACCCCUCUGGAACUCAGCCUCAACCAACGGAACGCUGAUAAAGACUCUAACCCCGCCCCCUCAGAGAUCGCCAUGGUUAUGGAGGAGAUCGCCUGGAUAACCAUGGAGACCGGGAAGAGGGAGGGGCAGGGGGAUGAAAGGUGCUGUGAAGACGAGAAUGAUUCGCAGAGCGUCUCAGAGUCCACGCCCACAUCGGUACCUCUGGAGAUGUCAGUCGCAGCCGGGGAACCAAUCCCUGCGCAGGAGGGGGGAGUGGCCUAUUACGUGGACCUGCAUGGCCACGCUUCCAAACGCGGCUGCUUCAUGUACGGCAACAGCCUAUCAGACGAAAACCAGCAGGUGGAGAACAUGUUGUACCCUAAGCUGAUAGCUGUGAACUCCGCCCACUUUGACUUCCAUGGUUGUAACUUCUCCGAGAAGAACAUGUACGCCCGCGACAAGAGAGACGGCCAGAGCAAAGAGGGCAGCGGACGCGUGGCCAUGCACAAAGCUAUAGGACUACUACACAGCUAUACGUUGGAGUGUAACUACAACACGGGGAGGACAGUCAACACCAUCCCUCCUGCCUGCCAUGACAACGGACGAGCCACACCCCCUCCCCCUCCCGCAUUCCCCCCCAAAUAUACCCCCGAGAUAUUCGAACAGGUGGGGCGAGCGGUUGCCAUAGCAGCCCUGGACAUGGCUGACUGCAACCCGUGGCCGCGCCUCGUCCUUUCAGAACACAGCAGCUUGACCAACCUCCGCGCCUGGACUCUCAAACACGUCCGCAACAGCAAGGGCCUCAACACACACACACAGCCACGGACACACACCGGUGGGAACAAGGCGUCACCACCCAAGAGCUUCAAUACGUCUCUGACCAGUUCUGCAUCAGACACGUCUCUGAGUCAUGUUCGCUGUAACAGGCACAGCGGUAGCAGCCAGACACUGUCUCCUCAGAUACACACCUCGCCGAGCUUCACCUUCGGUUCCGCGCACAACACACACACACAACGCGGGGGGAGCAAGGCGCUCGGACCUGUCAGAGACUCUAAAUCUCAGGAGAAGAGACGCCCCCCCCACCACCACCGCUCCGUCCUCCGGUCGUCUCCUAGCAACAGCCACCCCCCCACCCCAGCCCGGCCCCCGUCAUCCCCCACCUCCUCCUCUUCCUCCUCCUCGUCCUCCUCGGUGGCGUCCUGUCCUCUCCCAGGCUACAGCUGUCCAGACGUGCUGGGGGUGGUGGGGAGGAGAGAGUUCCCUAUCCGGCCGGGACGACCAAACACACAGGCUGCUGGGAAAGAGGGACCUCUGAACAUCCUGUCCUCCAUCAAGUACACCAGGUUUGUGAGGAGAAGACCGGGUUCGAGGCUGAGGCAGUGUGUGAAACAGCACCCCUGUGUGGAGAGGCAUGAGAACUACACCUCUUCCCAACCAGCACUGUGGAGACUGGAUCCAGUCUGACUGACACACACAUCCCUCUGAGAGACCAGGCACCUGUUGGCACCAAAACACCUUUUAGACAGAACUAUUUUAUUAAAUCUUUUUAACUGUGUGAUUCUUAUACGUGUGUGUGUUGAAAUACUGCAGUGUGUAUUGUGUCAUGUAAAGCUUCUUGUGUGUUUCUAUGCAUGACCUGUAAAGUAUUAUAAUAUGAAUAUAUCAUGUAUUUAAUGACCUGUAAAGUAUUAUAAUCUGAAUAUAUCAUGUAUUUAAUCACCUGUAAAGUAUUAUAAUCUGAAUAUAUCAUGUAUUUAAUGACCUGUAAAGUAUAAUAAUCUGAAUAUAUCAUGUAUUUAAUGAUCAUAGGAAAGCCAUCCCCUCUCUCUCAGCAUUCCUAUAAAGGCUCCUGUAUAUAGUGCACUACUUUGGAGCAGGGCCCUAUAUAGUGCACUACUUUGGAGCAGGGCCCAAUAGAGUGCACUACUUUGGAGCAGGGCCCUAUAUAGUGCUCUACUUUGGAGCAGGGCCCUAUAGAGUGCACUACUUUGGAGCAGGGCCCUAUAUAGUGCGCUACUUUGGAGCAGGGCCCUAUAUAGUUUAGUACUUUGGAGCAGGGCCCUAUAUAGUUAAGUACUUUGGAGCAGGGCCCUAUAUAGUGCACUACUUUGGAGCAGGGCCCUAUAUAGUGCUCUACUUUGGAGCAGGGCCCUAUAUAGUGCACUACUUUGGAGCAGGGCCCUAUAUAGUGCACUACUUUGGAGCAGGGCCCUAUAUAGUGCACUACUUUGGAGCAGGGCCCUAUAUAGUGCACUACUUUGGAGCAGGGCCCUAUAUAGUGCUCUACUUUGGAGCAGGGCCCUAUAUAGUUAAGUACUUUGGAGCAGGGCCCUAUAUAGUUUAGUACUUUGGAGCAGGGCCCUAUAUAGUUAAGUACUUUGGAGCAGGGCCCUAUAUAGUGCACUACUUUGGAGCAGGGCCCUAUAUAGUGCACUACUUUGGAGCAGGGCCCUAUAUAGUGCUCUACUUUGGAGCAGGGCCCUAUAUAGUGCGCUACUUUGGAGCAGGGCCCUAUAUAGUGCACUACUUUGGAGCAGGGCCCUAUAUAGUGCGCUACUUUGGAGCAGGGCCCUAUAUAGUGCACUACUUUGGAGCAGGGCCCUAUAUAGUGCGCUACUUUGGAGCAAGGCCCUAUAUAGUGCUCUACUUUGGAGCAGGGCCCUAUAUAGUGCACUACUUUGGAGCAGGGCCCUAUAUAGUGCACUACUUUGGAGCAGGGCCCUAUAUAGUUAAGUACUUUGGAGCAGGGCCCUAUAUAGUGCACUACUUUGGAGCAGGGCCCUAUAUAGUGCUCUACUUUGGAGCAGGGCCCUAUAUAGUGCGCUACUUUGGAGCAGGGCCCUAUAUAGUGCACUACUUUGGAGCAGGGCCCUAUAUAGUGCACUACUUUGGAGCAGGGCCCUAUAGAGUGCACUACUUUGGAGCAGGGCCCUAUAUAGUGCUCUACUUUGGAGCAGGGCCCUAUAUAGUGCACUACUUUGGAGCAGGGCCCUAUAUAGUGCACUACUUUGGAGCAGGGCCCUAUAUAGUGCACUACUUUGGAGCAGGGCCCUAUAUAGUUAAGUACUUUGGAGCAGGGCCCUAUAUAGUGCACUACUUUGGAGCAGGGCCCUAUAUAGUGCGCUACUUUGGAGCAGGGCCCUAUAUAGUGCACUACUUUGGAGCAGGGCCCUAUAUAGUGCGCUACUUUGGAGCAGGGCCCUAUAUAGUGCACUACUUUGGAGCAGGGCCCAAUAUAGUGCGCCACUUUGGAGCAGGGCCCUAUAUAGUGCGCUACUUUGGAGCAGGGCCCUUUAUAGUGCACUACUUUGGAGCAGGGCCCUAUAUAGUUAAGUACUUUGGAGCAGGGCCCUAUAUAGUGCACUACUUUGGAGCAGGGCCCUAUAUAGUACGCUACUUUGGAGCAGGGCCCUAUAUAGUGCACUACUUUGGAGCAGGGCCCUAUAUAGUGCGCUACUUUGGAGCAGGGCCCUAUAUAGUGCACUACUUUGGAGCAGGGCCCUAUAUAGUGCGCUACUUUGGAGCAGGGCCCUAUAUAGUGCACUACUUUGGAGCAGGGCCCUAUAUAGUGCGCUACUUUGGAGCAGGGCCCUAUAUAGUGCGCUACUUUGGAGCAGGGCCCUAUAUAGUGCACUACUUUGGAGCAGGGCCCUAUAUAGUGCACUACUUUGGAGCAGGGCCCUAUAUAGUGCGCUACUUUGGAGCAGGGCCCUUUAUAGUGCACUACUUUGGAGCAGGGCCCUAUAUAGUUAAGUACUUUGGAGCAGGGCCCUAUAUAGUGCACUACUUUGGAGCAGGGCCCUAUAUAGUGCGCUACUUUGGAGCAGGGCCCUAUAUAGUGCACUACUUUGGAGCAGGGCCCUAUAUAGUGCGCUACUUUGGAGCAGGGCCCUAUAUAGUGCACUACUUUGGAGCAGGGCCCUAUAUAGUGCGCUACUUUGGAGCAGGGCCCUAUAUAGUGCACUACUUUGGAGCAGGGCCCUAUAUAGUGCGCUACUUUGGAGCAGGGCCCUAUAUAGUGCGCUACUUUGGAGCAGGGCCCUUUAUAGUGCACUACUUUGGAGCAGGGCCCUAUAUAGUUAAGUACUUUGGAGCAGGGCCCUAUAUAGUGCACUACUUUGGAGCAGGGCCCUAUAUAGUGCGCUACUUUGGAGCAGGGCCCUAUAUAGUGCACUACUUUGGAGCAGGGCCCUAUAUAGUGCGCUACUUUGGAGCAGGGCCCUAUAUAGUGCACUACUUUGGAGCAGGGCCCUAUAUAGUGCACUACUUUGGAGCAGGGCCCUAUAUAGUAAAGUACUUUGGAGCAGGGCCCUAUAUAGUGCACUACUUUGGAGCAGGGCCCUAUAUAGUGCUCUACUUUGGAGCAGGGCCCUAUAUAGUGCACUACUUUGGAGCAGGGCCCUAUAUAGUGCACUACUUUGGAGCAGGGCCCUAUAUAGUUAAGUACUUUGGAGCAGGGCCCUAUAUAGUGCUCUACUUUGGAGCAGGGCCCUAUAUAGUGCACUACUUUGGAGCAGGGCCCUAUAUAGUGCACUACUUUGGAGCAGGGCCCUAUAUAGUGCACUACCUUGGAGCAGGGCCCUAUAUAGUGCGCUACUUUGGAGCAGGGCCCUAUAUAGUGCACUACUUUGGAGCAGGGCCCUAUAUAGUGCACUACUUUGGAGCAGGGCCCUAUAUAGUAAAGUACUUUGGAGCAGGGCCCUAUAUAGUGCACUACUUUGGAGCAGGGCCCUAUAUAGUGCUCUACUUUGGAGCAGGGCCCUAUAUAGUGCGCUACUUUGGAGCAGGGCCCUAUAUAGUGCACUACUUUGGAGCAGGGCCCUAUAUAGUGCGCUACUUUGGAGCAGGGCCCUAUAUAGUGCACUACUUUGGAGCAGGGCCCUAUAUAGUGCGCUACUUUGGAGCAAGGCCCUAUAUAGUGCUCUACUUUGGAGCAGGGCCCUAUAUAGUGCACUACUUUGGAGCAGGGCCCUAUAUAGUGCACUACUUUGGAGCAGGGCCCUAUAUAGUUAAGUACUUUGGAGCAGGGCCCUAUAUAGUGCACUACUUUGGAGCAGGGCCCUAUAUAGUGCUCUACUUUGGAGCAGGGCCCUAUAUAGUGCGCUACUUUGGAGCAGGGCCCUAUAUAGUGCACUACUUUGGAGCAGGGCCCUAUAUAGUGCACUACUUUGGAGCAGGGCCCUAUAGAGUGCACUACUUUGGAGCAGGGCCCUAUAUAGUGCUCUACUUUGGAGCAGGGCCCUAUAUAGUGCACUACUUUGGAGCAGGGCCCUAUAUAGUGCACUACUUUGGAGCAGGGCCCUAUAUAGUGCACUACUUUGGAGCAGGGCCCUAUAUAGUGCGCUACUUUGGAUCAGGGCCCUUUAUAGUGCACUACUUUGGAGCAGGGCCCUAUAUAGUUAAGUACUUUGGAGCAGGGCCCUAUAUAGUGCACUACUUUGGAGCAGGGCCCUAUAUAGUGCGCUACUUUGGAGCAGGGCCCUAUAUAGUGCACUACUUUGGAGCAGGGCCCUAUAUAGUGCGCUACUUUGGAGCAGGGCCCUAUAUAGUGCACUACUUUGGAGCAGGGCCCUAUAUAGUGCGCUACUUUGGAGCAGGGCCCUAUAUAGUGCGCUACUUUGGAGCAGGGCCCUUUAUAGUGCACUACUUUGGAGCAGGGCCCUAUAUAGUUAAGUACUUUGGAGCAGGGCCCUAUAUAGUGCACUACUUUGGAGCAGGGCCCUAUAUAGUGCGCUACUUUGGAGCAGGGCCCUAUAUAGUGCACUACUUUGGAGCAGGGCCCUAUAUAGUGCGCUACUUUGGAGCAGGGCCCUAUAUAGUGCACUACUUUGGAGCAGGGCCCUAUAUAGUGCGCUACUUGGGAGCAGGGCCCUAUAUAGUGCACUACUUUGGAGCAGGGCCCUAUAUAGUGCACUACUUUGGAGCAGGGCCCUAUAUAGUGCACUACUUUGGAGCAGGGCCCUAUAUAGUGCGCUACUUUGGAGCAGGGCCCUUUAUAGUGCACUACUUUGGAGCAGGGCCCUAUAUAGUUAAGUACUUUGGAGCAGGGCCCUAUAUAGUGCACUACUUUGGAGCAGGGCCCUAUAUAGUGCGCUACUUUGGAGCAGGGCCCUAUAUAGUGCACUACUUUGGAGCAGGGCCCUAUAUAGUGCGCUACUUUGGAGCAGGGCCCUAUAUAGUGCACUACUUUGGAGCAGGGCCCUAUAUAGUGCGCUACUUUGGAGCAGGGCCCUAUAUAGUGCACUACUUUGGAGCAGGGCCCUAUAUAGUGCGCUACUUUGGAGCAGGGCCCUAUAUAGUGCGCUACUUUGGAGCAGGGCCCUUUAUAGUGCACUACUUUGGAGCAGGGCCCUAUAUAGUUAAGUACUUUGGAGCAGGGCCCUAUAUAGUGCACUACUUUGGAGCAGGGCCCUAUAUAGUGCGCUACUUUGGAGCAGGGCCCUAUAUAGUGCACUACUUUGGAGCAGGGCCCUAUAUAGUGCGCUACUUUGGAGCAGGGCCCUAUAUAGUGCACUACUUUGGAGCAGGGCCCUAUAUAGUGCACUACUUUGGAGCAGGGCCCUAUAUAGUAAAGUACUUUGGAGCAGGGCCCUAUAUAGUGCACUACUUUGGAGCAGGACCCUAUAUAGUGCUCUACUUUGGAGCAGGGCCCUAUAUAGUGCGCUACUUUGGAGCAGGGCCCUAUAUAGUGCACUACUUUGGAGCAGGGCCCUAUAUGGUGCACUACUUUGGAGCAGGGCCCUAUAUAGUUAAGUUCUUUGGAGCAGGGCCCUAUAUAGUGCACUACUUUUGAGCAGGGCCCUAUAUAGUGCACUACUUUGGAGCAGGGCCCUAUAUAGUGCACUACUUUGGAGCAGGGCCCUAUAUAGUGCGCUACUUUGGAGCAGGGCCCUAUAUAGUGCACUACUUUGGAGCAGGGCCCUAUAUAGUGCGCUACUUUGGAGCAGGGCCCUAUAUAGUGCACUACUUUGGAGCAGGGCCCUAUAUAGUGCGCUACUUUGGAGCAGGGCCCUAUAUAGUGCACUACUUUGGAGCAGGGCCCUAUAUAGUGCGCUACUUUGGAGCAGGGCCCUAUAUAGUGCUCUACUUUGGAGCAGGGCCCCAUAUAGUGCACUACUUUGGAGCAGGGCCCUAUAUAGUGCGCUACUUUGGAGCAGGGCCCUAUAUAGUUAAGUACUUUGGAGCAGGGCCCUAUAUAGUGCACUACUUUGGAGCAGGGCCCUAUAUAGUGCUCUACUUUGGAGCAGGGCCCUAUAUAGUGCGCUACUUUGGAGCAGGGCCCUAUAUAGUGCACUACUUUGGAGCAGGGCCCUAUAUAGUGCACUACUUUGGAGCAGGGCCCUAUAGAGUGCACUACUUUGGAGCAGGGCCCUAUAUAGUGCUCUACUUUGGAGCAGGGCCCUAUAUAGUGCACUACUUUGGAGCAGGGCCCUAUAUAGUGCACUACUUUGGAGCAGGGCCCUAUAUAGUGCACUACUUUGGAGCAGGGCCCUAUAUAGUGCGCUACUUUGGAGCAGGGCCCUAUAUAGUGCACUACUUUGGAGCAGGGCCCUAUAUAGUUAAGUACUUUGGAGCAGGGCCCUAUAUAGUGCACUACUUUGGAGCAGGGCCCUAUAUAGUGCACUACCUUGGAGCAGGGCCCUAUAUAGUGCACUACUUUGGAGCAGGGCCCUUUAUAGUGCACUACUUUGGAGCAGGGCCCUAUAUAGUGCGCUACUUUGGAGCAGGGCCCUAUAUAGUUUAGUACUUUGGAGCAGGGCCCUAUAUAGUGCACUACUUUGGAGCAGGGCCCUAUAUAGUGCUCUACUUUGGAGCAGGGCCCUAUAUAGUUUAGUACUUUGGAGCAGGGCCCUAUAUAGUUUAGUACUUUGGAGCAGGGCCCUAUAGAGUGCACUACUUUGGAGCAGGGCCCUAUAUAGUUUAGUACUUUGGAGCAGGGCCUUAUAUAGUGCACUACUUUGGAGCAGGGCCCUAUAUAGUGCACUACCUUGGAGCAGGGCCCUAUAUAGUUUAGUACUUUGGAGCAGGGCCCUAUAUAGUGCACUACUUUGGAGCAGGGCCCUAUAUAGUGCACUACUUUGGAGCAGGGCCCUAUAUAGUGCACUACUUUGGAGCAGGGCCCUAUAUAGUGCACUACUUUGGAGCAGGGCCCUAUAUAGUUUAGUACUUUGGAGCAGGGCCCUAUAUAGUGCACUACUUUGGAGCAGGGCCCUAUAUAGUGCACUACCUUGGAGCAGGGCCCUACAUAGUGCACUACUUUGGAGCAGGGCCCUAUAUAGUGCACUACUUUGGAGCAGGGCCCUAUAUAGUGCUCUACUUUGGAGCAGGGCCCUAUAUAGUGCACUACUUUGGAGCAGGGCCCUAUAUAGUGCACUACUUUGGAGCAGGGCCCUAUAUAGUUAAGUACUUUGGAGCAGGGCCCUAUAUAGUGCUCUACUUUGGAGCAGGGCCCUAUAUAGUGCACUACUUUGGAGCAGAGCCCUAUAUAGUGCACUACUUUGGAGCAGGGCCCUAUAUAGUGCACUACUUUGGAGCAGGGCCCUAUAUAGUGCUCUACUUUGGAGCAGGGCCCUAUAUAGUGCACUACUUUGGAGCAGAGCCCAUAGGGGUGUAUAUAGUCAACACGUUGCCAUUUGGAACGAACACUAGUCUAUCACACUGAUGUACAACAAGCUACAAUGAUGCUGAGAUCAAAUCACAUUUUAUUGGUCACAUACACAUAUUUAUCAGAUGUUAUUGCUGGUGUAGUGAAAUGCUUGAUUAAACCAGAGUGGUGUGUAAUGAUACAA